AUGGAUAAGUAUAAAGACGGGCCAAAAGACAGGCAGCCGACCCUCCUUUUACCGCUGUCGUUCGGUGUCUCAUCACUAUCGCUGCUUCAUCUACUAGAUGACCAGCUCGCGCACCAACGAGGGAACGAAUAUAAACGCGUCCCCUACAAACUACAUGUCGUAUCCGUGAAGUCGCCUACAUUAAAUCCCCCCGAGGAGUCAAAAUAUACCAGGCUAGAAUGUUUGAGGACUGCAUUCCCGGAGCACACCUUCACGGAAAUCCCUUUGCAUUCUAUCUUCCGCUACGACAAGAAUGUGGCAGAGUUUAUGUUGCAACAUUCCGCCAGGAGAGAAAUAAAUGACCCAUCCAUAUCAGACGAGGACCGGCUCGAGGUAUUCCGCGCUUCACUUUCCACAGCAACUUCUCGAGCAGAUUUUGAUGGUGUACUGCUGAGAAAGUUGGUUGUUGCCUUUGCGAUCUCUGAAGGCUGUGAUGGUGUUCUCUGGGGGGAUUCAGACACUCGGCUUGCGGCAAAAACUCUGGCGGGUGUUGCAAAUGGCAGAGGGACUGCCUUGCCGUGGGAGGUAUGUGAUGGCCCUACUCCGUGGGGAGUACAUUUUACAUUUCCUGUCAGGGAUAUUUUCAAGUCGGAACUAGUACAGUAUGCGUCCGUCCGGUUCCCCGAUAUACUCUCAAAGAUAGGGUCAAAGGAACCCAAAGUUUCCAAUGAGCAGGCAACAAAGAACAUGUCUAUCAGCGACUUGAUGACGCAGUACGUUGAACAGCAGGGAGAGAAGUACCCAGGCGUCAUGGCAAACAUUGUACGAACAAUCGAUAAGCUACAGCCGCCGCAAUCACAUACUGGGCUACAAUGUGUUUACUGUGGAGUGCCAUUAGAAUCAACCCAGAUGGAUCCAGCAACUCUCAGCAUACUUGAAGAGCGAGAUCUCUUAGGUGAUAAGGAUGUGAAAACCAAUCCUACCUGUUAUGGCUGCGCUAGGACCUUUCUUGAUUUCAAACAACCAGCUCCUUAA